ACAACGAAAACAUACACAUACAUACAUACAUACAUAUACCCUGAAGUUUUAUUCAAGUGGCAACGAUGAUCGGGGUUGGAUGCGGGAGUGUGCUGCACUGGUUGCUGCUCCUGCUGAUCGGGACUAACACUUGGAGAGGGGUCGCUGGUCAAGUUUGCCCGAACCACUGUACCUGCGCCGGGACGGCGGUGGAUUGCCACGGACUGGGACUGCGCUCGGCUCCCAAAAGCGUCCCGAGGAACACCGAGAAGCUGGAUUUGAAUGGAAACAACAUCACCAGAAUCGCCAAGUCAGCCUUUGCUGGAUUGAGGCACUUGCGUGUUUUGCAGCUCAUGGAGAACCAAAUCACCACUAUUGAGAGAGGAGCUUUUCAGGAUCUGAAGGAGCUGGAGAGACUUCGCCUGAACAGGAAUAACCUACAGGUCUUGCCAGAGCUGCUUUUCCUGGGAACCCCAAAACUCUACAGACUUGAUCUGAGUGAAAACCAUAUCCACGCUAUUCCAAGGAAGGCUUUCCGUGGAGCUGUUGACAUUAAAAACCUGCAACUGGAUUACAACCUAAUCAGCUGCAUUGAGGAUGGAGCGUUCCGAGCUCUGCGAGACCUGGAAGUGCUCACCCUUAACAAUAACAACAUCUCCCGGCUUUCAGUGGCGAGUUUCAACCAUAUGCCCAGGCUCAGAACCUUUCGGCUCCAUUCAAAUAACCUGUACUGCGAUUGCCACUUGGCCUGGCUCUCCGAUUGGCUGCGGCAGCGUCCGCGAGUUGGGCUGUACACGCAAUGCAUCGGACCGGGACACCUGAGAGGUCAUAACGUUGCCGAGGUGCAAAAGAGGGAGUUCAUUUGCUCUGGCCACCAGAGCUCUCUCACACAGUCGUGCAGCGUCCAUUCGAAGUCUUGUCCUGCCGUCUGCACGUGCAGCAACAGUAUUGUGGAUUGUCGUGGCAAAGGGCUCACCGAGAUACCCAUCAACCUCCCGGAGACGAUCACUGAAAUACGUCUGGAGCAGAAUUCAAUCAAAUCCAUCCCUCCUGGAGCCUUCUCCCCCUACAAGAGAUUGCGAAGAAUAGACUUGAGCAACAACCACAUCUCUGAAAUCGCACCGGAUGCUUUCCAGGGAUUAAGGUCACUUAACUCUCUUGUGUUGUAUGGGAACAAAAUCACAGAGCUGCCCAAAGGCUUGUUCGAGGGUCUCUUCUCUCUGCAGUUGCUGUUGCUGAAUGCCAAUAAAAUAAACUGCCUGCGUGUGGAUGCCUUUCAGGAUCUCCAUAACCUGAACCUUCUCUCUCUGUAUGACAACAAGUUACAAACUAUUGCCAAAGGAACCUUUGCCCCUCUGCGAGCCAUCCAGACUCUGCAUUUGGCGCAGAAUCCGUUCAUUUGUGACUGCCACUUGAAGUGGCUUGCCGACUACCUGCACGCAAACCCCAUUGAAACCAGUGGUGCCCGCUGCACCAGCCCUCGCCGCCUGGCAAACAAGAGGAUCGGGCAGAUCAAAAGCAAGAAGUUCCGCUGCUCAGCGAAAGAACAGUAUUUCAUUCCAGGAAUUCACCAUUUUGGCUGCACAGAGGAUUACAGAUCCAAGCUCAGCGGAGAUUGCUUCAUGGAUCUUGCUUGCCCUGAGAAGUGUCGUUGUGAAGGAACCACUGUGGACUGCUCCAAUCAAAGACUCACCAAAUUCCCUGACCACAUCCCUCAGUACACCGCUGAGCUGCGCCUCAACAACAAUGAAUUUACAGUGCUGGAAGCCACUGGGAUCUUCAAGAAACUCCCUCAGCUCCGCAAAAUAAAUUUAAGCAAUAAUAAGAUCACAGACAUCGAGGAGGGGGUCUUUGAGGGAGCUACAGGUGUUAAUGAAGUACUGUUGACUGGCAACCGUCUGGAAACUGUCCAUCUCAAAAUGUUCAAAGGACUGGAUAGUCUUAAAACUCUGAUGCUGAGGAGCAAUAAGAUUAGCUGUGUGAGCAAUGACACAUUCACAGGGCUCAGCUCCGUCCGCUUGCUCUCACUCUAUGACAACCAGAUCACAACCGUCUCUCCAGGAGCUUUUGAUACACUUCAUUCACUGUCCACACUAAAUCUGCUGGCUAAUCCCUUUAACUGCAAUUGUCACUUGGCCUGGCUGGGCGAGUGGCUCAGAAAGAAGCGCAUUGUGACUGGGAACCCUCGCUGCCAGAAACCCUAUUUCCUGAAAGAGAUUCCCAUUCAGGAUGUAGCAAUCCAGGACUUCACAUGUGACGAUGGAAAUGAUGACAACAGCUGCUCACCGCUUGCCCGGUGCCCCGCUGAGUGCACUUGCUUGGAUACUGUGGUGCGUUGCAGUAACAAGGGACUUAAAGCCUUACCCAAGGGCAUCCCCAAAGAAGUGACAGAACUAUAUCUGGAUGGAAAUCAAUUUACCAUGGUACCCAAGGAGCUCUCUAACUACAAACACUUAUUACUAAUUGAUCUAAGCAACAACAGAAUCAGUACACUGUCCAACCAGAGCUUCAGCAACAUGACUGACCUCCUGACUCUAAUUCUGAGUUACAAUCGUCUGAGGUGCAUUCCAGCCCGGGCAUUUGAUGGCUUGAAGUCUUUGCGUUUGUUGUCUUUGCAUGGGAAUGAUGUCUCCACUAUUCCCUCAGGAGUUUUCAAUGACCUCUCCUCAUUGUCCCACUUGGCCCUUGGAGCAAACCCUCUCUACUGUGACUGUAAAAUGCAGUGGUUGUCUGACUGGGUGAAGUCUGGCUACAAGGAGCCAGGCAUUGCUCGCUGUGCAGGACCUGGUGACAUGACAGAUAAGCUCCUGCUCACAACCCCGUCUAAGAAGUUUGAAUGUCAAGGUCCGGUUGACAUUGGUAUUCUGGCCAAAUGUAACCCUUGCUUUUCGAACCCAUGCAAAAAUGAUGGAACUUGCUCCAAUGAUCCUGUGGAUUUCUACAGGUGCACCUGUCCUUAUGGAUACAAGGGUCAGGACUGUGAUGUGCCCAUUCAUGCCUGCAUUAAUAACCCGUGCAGCAACGGUGCAACUUGCAAUCUUAAAGAGGGAGAAAAGGAUGGAUUCUGGUGCUCAUGCGCUGAUGGCUUUGAGGGUGAGAUCUGUGAGGUGAACAUUGACGACUGUGAAGACAACGACUGUGAAAAUAAUUCAACCUGUGUCGAUGGAAUCAAUAACUAUACCUGCCUCUGUCCACCUGAAUACACAGGUGAGCUGUGUGAAGAGAAACUCGAUUUCUGUGCCCCAGAGCUGAACUCCUGCCAGCACGACUCCAAGUGUAUCAUGACUGCCAAGGGAUUCAAAUGUGAAUGCACACCUGGCUAUGUUGGUGAACACUGUGAUAUCGACUACGAUGAUUGCCAAGAGAACAAAUGCAAAAACAACGCACAGUGCAUUGAUGCAGUGAACGGAUACACUUGCGUAUGCCCAGAGGGUUACAGCGGUCUGUUCUGUGAGCUGACUCCCCCAAUGGUUUUACCUCGCACCAGCCCCUGUGACCACUUUGAAUGCCAGAAUGGAGCUCAGUGCAUAGAGAUUGGAAACGAGCCUGUCUGCCAGUGCCUGUCUGGUUAUGAGGGGGACAAGUGUGAGAAGCUGAUCAGUGUGAACUUCGUGAACAGAGACUCCUACCUGCAGAUCCCUUCACCCAAAAUCUGGCCUCAGCCUAAUAUCUCUCUCCAGGUUGCCACCGGUGAAGACAAUGGGAUUUUGCUGUACAAAGGAGACCGUGAUCAUGUUGCCGUGGAGCUGUUCCGUGGCCGCGUACGUGUCAGUUAUGACACAGGAACAUAUCCAGCCUCAGCCAUUUACAGUGUGGAGACAAUCAACGAUGGUAACUUUCACAGUGUGGAGCUGGUGGCAGCCGAUCAGAUGCUGACCCUGGCUGUAGAUGGAGGAAACCCAAAGAGCAUCAACAACUUAGCCAAACAGUCCACACUUAGCCAAGACUCGCCUCUUUAUGUUGGAGGGAUGCCCAUUAAUACCAACCUGGCAGCUCUGCGCCAGGGACCAGGUCAGAAUGGUACGAGUUUCCACGGCUGCAUUCGUAACCUGUAUAUCAACAACGAGCUGCAGGACUUUCAGAAAGUUCAGAUGCAGGAAGGCAUUGUGCCAGGCUGUGAACCUUGCCAGAAGAAGAUGUGCAAGCAUGGGACGUGUCAUGUCAAUGGGCAGUCCAGCUUCACCUGUGAAUGCGAAGGAGGUUGGACAGGAUCGCUUUGUGACCAGCAAACCAACGACCCAUGUCAGGGCAAUAAGUGUGUGCGUGGUACCUGUGUGCCCAUCAAUGCCUUCUCGUACAGCUGCAAAUGCCAGCCAGGGUUCAGAAGUGUGCUGUGUGAUGAAGAAGAGGAACUCUUUAACCCCUGUCAGAGCAUCAGGUGCAAGCAUGGGAAAUGCCGGCUCUCAAGCCUGAGCAGACCCUACUGCGAAUGUAAUAGUGGAUACACUGGAGAGAACUGUGACAAAGAAAUCUCCUGUCGAGGGGAACGAAUCCGAGAUUACUAUCAGAAGCAGCAAGGCUACGCUGCUUGCCAGACAACCAAAAAAGUCUCGCGGUUAGAAUGCCGAGGUGGGUGUGACAACGGACAGUGCUGUGGACCUCUGAGAAGCAAACGACGGAAAUACUCUUUUGAAUGCACCGACGGGUCUUCGUUCGUGGAAGAUGUGGAGAAGGUCGUGAAGUGCGGCUGCUCGAGAUGUUCUUUGUAAAGCUUUGAACACUCGCCCUUUUUCUAAACAACGUGGGGGAACUUAUUUUGCUUCCAUAGUGGAGAUAUUUGAAUUAUAUUGUAAUAUACAGACAUAUUUUUAUUAUCAGAAAAUGACUAUUUUCUUCAUUUACAAGACAUUUCGAGUCCUCUUGAAUGGAAAAUCAUCACAAAGCAAGUAAGAUGCCUGUCAGAAGCCAAUCAGUUUUUUUGGACUAGGGAUCGACUUCUCUGAGCUGGUUGGAAGGAAAGCCCUCCUACUCAGGACAUCCUGCGGGCUAACUCCAAAGGGAAGGGGGCCGUGUUGCUGGAAGCGAGCAGCAGACGUACAAAGAAGACGACAGACUGUCAGUCUCAUCAGCUCGCCUUUGACACUAGGGACAUGAAUUAAACUGCGCUGCGGGAAACAGAACCGAGAAUGUGCAUCGAUGAAGAAGCCCUGGAACUUCCGCUGUCAUUUUAUAUCUUGGUUACGUGAACAGUCGUUUUAUUUCUGGUAUAAUGUGUACAUUAGCAUACUCGAGCUUACAAAGUGUUUAGCAAGCCUUGUUUUCCAGUAUUAAUUCUUUGUAAUAUAAUUAUAAAUGGGGAGGGGGGAAACUAUACAACAAAAUAGAGAAUUGAUGUAUGGAUUACUUAGUUGGAUAUUGUGAUUUUCCUCAAAAGAGUUCACGCAGUAUUCAAAAUAUCAUUAAGAAGUAUUUAUUGUAUCAAAAAAAACUUGUACCUAACUUUGCUAGAACUUCUCUUUCACUCCAUUUUGAAUCUUUAAUAUAUAUUAAUUUAUAUUUCGUCCUCAUAUUUUUGUAUGUUAAAAAGUAAAAAAAUAUGAUUGCAGUUUUUUUUUGGAGGGGGGGAGGGAAAUAGAGUAACUAACAAUCUAGCAUGUCCUGUUGGGGUUAAUUGUCUUGUUACUUUUUUGACUGGUUGUGUCUCCUGUACUUUUGACCACUGACAUUGGUUUGGACUACCAAGCCUGAGUAAUAAUCUCAGCCAAACAGUGUCAGAUAUAACAAGCCAGUGUAUAUUUUGUGAAUUUCUGCUGAAUUUGUACCUUACAAAAGAAAUAAUGACUGCCUUGACAAACUAGA